UAGCCAGACCGGAAGUUUACUUCUGAAAGUUGAAACGAAUUGCGAUUGUCAAGACUCAAGAGAACACUCAGCGUUAUUUUACUCGUUGUUAUAAUGGAUCACGAUGACAAACAGAACACAAUUAUCAAUGACAGUAACAUGGUUGAAAAUAAUGAAAAUUCCACCUCGGAUAAUGAUAACCAGCCAGUGAACACGAAUCAGAAUUGCAACAGCCCCAUGCUUAGCAAAGAUUUAUGUAUUGUGAAUAAUGAACAUCAAGAGGAUCAUGCUAGUAGUUCAGUGUCUGGUUUGCAGACCGAUUCAUCAAAGUCUGAUUUGCAAGACACUGAGUCAAGAUCUACCGACUCCCCUUUUGUUGAGGAUGAUUUCCCUGAAGAUGCUUUCAUCGAUACUGAUGAAGAGAAAAACACAACACCUUUACCACCUCAAGACAUAAAACCUGAACAGAAAUUACUGGAAGAAGAAUCUGUAGCAAGUAUACCGACAACUAUACACUGUGAAGCUCAAAACAAUAUUUCUGAGAAUAAAUCAAAGACUGAGUAUUCCAAGGAGGAAUCCAUACCAACUGAAGAUGGUGCUGGUAUUGGCAUGAAUGCGGGUUGGAACUCAAACAAGGAAGGUGCUGCUGUUGCUAGCGGCAGUAACUCCUCAGAGAGUGUGUACCACGUAAAAUGGGUGUUCUUUAAAAAUGCUCAAAAGCCUAUUAUCACACAGAAUGAAAAUGGUCCUUGCCCUUUGCUGGCCAUUAUGAACGUGUUACUACUCAAGGACUGUGUGAAAUUAGCCCCUCACACCGAGUUUGUGUCCGCUAAUCAGCUGAUGACCUACCUUGGGGACUGUGUGCUAAGUCAUGUUCCAGGAGAAGAGGGUGUAUCCACGCCAUCACGUCUCAACUUUGAGCAGAACAUGGGAGAUGCAAUGGCGGUCAUGUACAAACUGCAGACAGGCUUGGAUGUCAAUGUUAAAUUCACUGGGGUGCGAGACUUUGAGUACACCCCAGAAUACAUCAUAUUCGACCUGCUGCAAAUCCCGCUGUACCACGGCUGGCUGGUAGAUCCACAGAACCAUCUGGACAACACGGCCGUGGGCAAGUUCAGCUACAAUCAGCUUGUAGAGAGAAUCAUCACAUUGAAGACGUCAGAGGAUCCCGAGCUGGUCCAACAGGCGUUGGUAGCCGAGCAGUUUCUAGAGAGCUCUGCGUCCCAGCUCACAUACCACGGCCUGUCAGAGCUGGCCACACAGCUCAAGUGUGAUGAGCUGGCGGUCCUCUUCAGGAAUAACCACUUCACCACACUUUACAGGAGCAAGGAUGAACUCUUACAACUAGUCACAGAUCAAGGCUUUCUGCACGAGGCCAACGUGGUCUGGGAGACGCUAAGUAACGUGGAGGGGGACUGUCACUUUGUGGACUCAAACUUCAGAACGUACACAAAACCUGAACCCCCUCCCCUGCAAAUGGAACCUUCAAGUGUGCUAUUGAACAGCGAGGAACAAAUAGAUCAAGAUUAUCUGGUGGCACUAUCACUGCAGCAAGAACAACAACAACAGACCUGGAGUGCUCCAGUAUCUAACAUGACCGAUGAAGAAUUUGCAAAGCAGCUGCAGUUAGAAGAAGAAGAGAGGGCAGCCAUGGAGGACCAGCGUGGUCAAGUGAGCAGAGAUCCACCGCCAGCCAAUCAGCAACAGCAGCGUCGCAACCAUGGAAACAGGAGAGACGACAGAGACAGAGAUGAUAAAGGAAAGAAAUCAGAUUGCUGUUUAUUAUGACAUCAAUGCCUUGACAUGCUGUGAUCAUUGAACCGUGCAAUACACAAGAUAUAGAAGACCAGAACACAAACCUUUUGUGGACAUUUGAGUGAACCAGGUUUUCCCACACAAUUCUGAUGCAUAAAUAACCUGGGUGCAACUUCCUGUGUUAAAGACCUAGUAUAAGGAAUAUCUGGGCCCUGCAGUCUUUUGUCUCAGCUGUCUGAGAAAAAGAGAGCUGCAUCAUGCAAAAAAUGGGUCAUGUGCCAUAUGCUGCCAGUGUAGCUUCAGACCAGCAUGCCAAAUCGUGCAGUCUGGUCCGGAGCUACCCUGUCCCCUACAAUCACACAGUAGGGUUUUGUGUUGUUUAUACUAUAAGAAGGGCAAGUCAUUACGUGUUUGUCACACUAUUAAUUGCAGAGUUAUGUACCAUUGACCAUAGGCAAACAAUUCAAUAAAUCAAUGUGAAGCUUUUUGUCUUUUUGUUUAAUAAUUUUGACGAAGUGAACUUCAGACUUGUGUGAUAAAUUUGUCUAAUAGUCAAGUUAAUCACCUGCUAGAAAUGAAAAAUUGCAGUUUUUUUGUCAUCUUAAAUAAAUGUUCUAGUUAUUUUUACUGUGUGCUCACUGAAUGUUAAAAACAACACAUGAUUUCAUAUUGAACAUUUAAUACAAGAAUUCCAGAUCACCAGUACUUAUUUAUCACUGUAUUGCAAUUAUUUACAGGAGUUUAUUAUGAAUGGAAACUGUUACAAUGUUUUGGGUGUGACUGGCAUUUUUAUUUCUGAUUUUCCAAUGUAAAUACAUGGUUGUGUAUCAGCAUGUUACUAAUCAAGAGUAAAACAGUGUCACUGGGAUGUGUCAUUCUUCACUUCCUUACUUGGAAUACCUGACAAUAAUUGCUCACACGGACAAUCGCUCUUACGCUAAUUUUGACAAGGCCGACAUUCGCUCCUACCUUGUUUUGACAACCCGGUCAGUCGCUCCUACAUGAUUUUGACAUCCCGGACAAUCACUCUUACAUAAUUUUGACAACCGGGACAGUUGCUCCUACAUUAUUUUGACAACGCGGACACUUGUUUCUACGUAAUUCCUAUCAGGACCAUUCUAUCCUAAAUUACAUGUAUUGGAAUAAGUGCCAAUUUUCGAAUGGAAUAAAAUAUAAUAUAUA